AUGCUUUUAAUAAACUACCUUUCACAAUUACUCAACUUCAGAAGUUUUACAUUGCAACUAGCUUCAGUCAAUGAUCUUGCUGUACUCGUCACAGUACCGAUCGCCAAAAGUGGAAAGAUUACUGCAAGUGCAAGAAUUGAAGGGAAGUUUACAAGCGAAGUUGACAAGAAGAUAUUUGUUCCCGUUGAUAUGAACUUCAAUCUUCAUUUGAGAAUUACCCAAUUCGUAAUAGAGAUUUACUACAAUGACGAACAUAUGCUUGAUUUUGUUCAUCGAGUAAAUCCUAUGGAUAUUAAGGAGGUGCACAUUGAAGGUCCCUUGAUAGUUGAGGAAGUCAUCUUCUCCCCUCCUCAAGGCGCUUCUCUUGAUCCUCUACCAUCAUAUGAGCAAGCUACAAAGAUGGGAUCUGACCCUAUAGCAGAGUUUCGACAUCUGAACCUUGGUCCACCUUCAUCAAGCCUCACUCCAACACCUGCUCCUGUGGUCAGCUCAAGCUCCCCAUUUCCCCAGCCAGCUCCAUUCAGUGCAUCUGUGGUCAACAAUCCUUUACCCGGGAUUCCUUUGCCAGCAGCAUCAUCUUCCUCAAACCCAUUUGGUCCUUCCUUUUCACAACAAAAUUAUGGUGUACCACCUGGGUCUGAAACCUCAAAACCAUCAAGAUACGAAAAUAAUCCAAGUUUCACACCAACAGCCUUUCAACAAGCUCAACAAGGCCAACCCUAUGGAACUGUUCCAUCUCAAUCGUCACCUUAUGUAACAUCUCCUACACCAACACCAAGUCCAGCACCUGCUGCAAAUGUUUCUUCGACUAUGCCUGUCCUUCAGCCAACUCCUUAUCCAUCCAGUUCACAAGCGCUCCGACCUAUUCCCUCUGCUGGACCAACACCCAACAUGCCCUACCCUCAAAUGCCACCGCCUCAAACUCAGAAUCAGCCGUAUCAAACACCUAUGAAUCCAUAUGGAUUUCAACAGUAUCCGAUGGGAGUUCCGACAAAUCCACAAGGAGUCGGGGCAAGUCUUUAUACUCGUUACCUUUGUAUUUUACAUUUAUGA